AUAAGCUCAUUGAAGGGCGUGGUUUGUUAUUCAAAAUGGCCGCCACUCUGUUCCUGUUGUUGUCCGUCUUCGCUGGUCUUUCUCUAUCAGCAAACAACUCUACAGAAGGAAUCUACAACAAUGGCCAGGAAAUGGAAGGAACAGAGCCAGCGGGCGUUUUCUCAGGACUAGACUUUGCUUCAAUUGCCAACAAAGUCCUCAUUGUAGUCAUCGUAAUUAUUGGUAUUGUUGCUGCUAUAUUAGCUUAUAAAUACUACAGAACACAGCAGAGAAGAGCCAAGUUGAGCAGGUACAGGAGACUAGAAAAAACUGAGCAAAGUUUAAAACAAGAAGAUGGCGACGAUGAUGAAAUUGUUGUGUACGAGAAAGACUGAUAAAAUUACAAAAAUAAAUAAUAAUUAUUAACAUGUUUAACUGCAUCUUCCAUUGAAGCAGAUUAUAAUUCUACCAUACAGUGCAAAAGAUUAUAAUGAUUAAUUUACCAUUAUGUGUUAAUAAUUUAAUGUUCAUUGUUCUUUAUAUGUUUCUCAUUCCUUUUCACA